AUGCGUCACUUACAACCACUCUCGAACACGGCAGCGCCGGCGCCGGGCUCGAGCUUAGCGCACGUGAAGGCGCAGCAACUCGCCCGCGAGGAGGAAGAGAAGCUGCGCGCUCGACGAGUCAAGGGCGUCAUUGUACUCAUCGAGCAAUUCCUACUGGAGCAGGGGUACAGCCAAACCCUCCAGGCGCUUCAGCAGGAAAGCCGCAUCUCCCUCACUCAGUUCAGCGCCGCUGACAACAUCGAUCUGCUGUCUGUUGUCCAAGAGUACGAGGAGUACUACACCUUUAAAUGUCAGCGUGCGCCGAAGCUAUACCGCGUCCGCGGCGGCGGCAGUGAUGCGGGCGGCGUUGGCAGCGUCAUCCCUGAAAGUGGGGAGCGCGUGCUCUCACGAAAGCGCAGAGGUGCUGCCGCUUCCUGUCCUGAAACGCCGCCGUCAAGUGCGCCAGCGACGCUGCCGUUGUUAAUCGGGUACGGCAACGUGUGUGGAGGGGCGACGUCGUCUUCAUCGCCGCCCUCGCUGUCCUCUGUAGGAAGACCGCCAUCGCACCUGCGGCCAACGAACGUCAUGCGCGCGCUCAAUCACACAAAAACAAACGGCGACAGCGGCUCAGCCAACGGAGACAAACGCGCUGCGGCCCCCGUCAGCGACACCAGCGAACCUGGGCUGUCUCUCCAGGGCGAGUCCGUGACCACCCACAUCUGCGGAAGCGAGGGUGAGAAGGGUCGAAGAGAGAAGGGUGGAAAUGCUGACAGCUCCAAUGAUGCUGCCGAUGACUUCUUCGGACCCCUGGCCAAUCACCGUAUACGGAAGCCGCUGCCGCAGUUUGCGACAAGCGAGCUGAACGAUCUCGCCGCCACGAUCCUGCGCGAGAUUAUUGACGUCAAUCCAUCGGUGCGCUGGAGCGACAUUGCCGACUUGGAAGGCGCCAAGCACCUCCUGCAGGAGGCGGUGGUGAUGCCGGUCAAGUACCCGGAGCUAUUCCAAGGAAUCCUGCGCCCGUGGAAGGGCAUCCUUCUCUUCGGCCCACCCGGCACCGGCAAGACGCUUCUCGCCAAGGCUGUCGCGACGGAGUGCCGCACGACCUUCUUCAACAUAUCGGCCUCGUCCGUCGUCUCUAAGUGGCGCGGCGACUCAGAGAAGCUCGUCCGCAUGCUCUUCGACCUUGCCGUCCACUACGCGCCGAGCACCAUCUUCAUUGACGAGAUCGACUCCUUGAUGUCAGCGCGGUCGAGCGACGGCGAGCAUGAGGGGUCGCGUCGGAUGAAGACGGAGCUCCUGACGCAGAUGGACGGACUCUCCAAGCGGCGUGGGGGCGAGGUGGUGUUUGUGCUAGCGGCGAGCAACGUGCCAUGGGACCUCGACACAGCAAUGCUGCGCCGACUGGAGAAGCGCAUUCUCGUUGCGCUUCCGACGCACGAUGCUCGCAUUCUUAUGUUUCGCCGUCUGUUGCCCAAGUCGUUCGCGUCCGACACAGACUAUGAAGCGUGCGCUGCGCUAACGGAGGGCAUGUCCGGUGCUGACAUCGACGUCGUGUGUCGCGAGGCCAUGAUGCGCCCGGUGCGGAAGCUCAUUGCCCAGCUUGAGGCUGCGGGAAACAGCUGCGACGCAUAUGCACAGCUACCGCACGAGCCGCUGAAAUCGCCCGCCCCGACUCUCGAGGAUGUGCAAGCGAGUGUUGCGUGCACCCACAGCAGCGUUCGGCUAGCGGACCUCGACAAGUACGAUGUGUGGACACGCGAGUACGGCUCUGGGUUAUCCACGUAA